AUGAUGUGUCCAGAUCAUAUUUGUGAGAUAUGUUUUACGGAAGGAUUUGAAAGUUCUGCAACACUCGGGAAUCUGCUACACGAGCAGUCGACGAUUCGUGCUUUUCAUAGUAGUUGUAUGCCGGCUGGAUACACAGAGAAAAAUGCCGGAGUUGUCUCAUUGAACCCUAGAAUUCAAGAGUUUCUUGGAACUCAUUUUCCGGCUUGCGGCACUUGCGGAACAUCUACGCCCCCAAUGAUCAAAUGCUCUGGAUGUGUGCAUUCAUUUCACAGGGCAUGUUUCCCGAUGAAGCUCACAGAAGAGAGCAAGUCCCACUGCGAGUCUUGCGUUUUUGACAUUCGAAUGCGUAUUGGCGAUGAAGUAUUAACUGAAAAAGAUGAGAUAUUUUGCUCAGGAGUCAUUGAAGACUGGAAUCAAAACCACUUUGCAAAACAAGAUGAAAACUUUGGGAAAGAAGGAUUCGCCUCAAUUUUGUUUGAUGGAGUAGGUUCUCGGCAAAUCCUUCCAAUCAACUCUUUGUUUAGACCAUAUUCAAGAGUUACGAAUAUCAUUUUUCAUUCCAUAAAAUCAAUGUAUAACGGACAUCCUCAAGAAUUGGAAAACCUGAAGUCAAUGCUCCAGAAAAUCGAGAGUCAGCGUCCUCCUGUGAGCCGACCCAUUCCCAAGUUCCAGAGCAUUUCCAUUUUCCACAGCACAAUCAAGGAGCUCCUUUGUCAUGACGACGAUUUUCUCCCAAAUGUGAAAACCUGCGAAGACCUUCUUCUGAAGUUUGAGAAGAACAAGGGAUAUGGUGUGUUUGCGACAAAAAUUUUGGAAAAUGGAUGUGUGAUUGGUCAAUAUUGCGGAGAAUACAUUUCUGAAAAGGAAAAAGCACGAAGAGACGCUUUGGCAAAAGUUUGCAACGACAAAGAAUGCAAGUUCUACAGUUUCCAAGUAAAACUCGAGCUUCUCAAUGAGCUUCAAGCUCAAAAGGUUUAUGUGGAUGGGUCUUCGGUUAAAAAUAUCACUGCAAUUCUCAAUACGUCUUGUGAGCCCAAUUGCACAGCAAUCGUGGAAGAGAUAUCAAUUCAGAAUAUUAGAAUCGAAUACAUUGUGAUCAAAACUAAACGUACUAUCAAAGUUGGUGAAGAACUAACAAUCAAUUACAAGUGGAACAGCUCAUUCAAAUGCUUUUGUGGAUCGGAGAAGUGCAAAUCGCCCUGGAAGCCAUCGGAUUGGCAGUGA